AGUAGACCAAAUCAUCCCAAGGGUAACUUCAUCAUUAGAAAUCUUUUACCAAAAAAUAUUCUUCACAGGCCACCUUCCAACCGUAGCGACGUGCAUUUCAAACCAAACCACCCAUGCAUGCAUGCAUGCAGACCAUUCCUUCACAACAUAUGCUAACCAUAUAUAAACUCUCUCCUCCCCCAUGUUUAUCUCGGGCCUCACAAUCGAGGAGAAGGCCUCCAAGGCCUAGGGGACCCAUCUCUCUUCUUUCUCUCCUUCAUGGAGAAAGAAGAGAAUGAUGGCAUUCUAACCACCACCACCACCACCACCACCACCACCACCAAUUCUGUCCCUCCUCCUCAUGUACCACCAUCCAAGAAGUGCAGCCGCUGGAACCUCUUCCGAGCCACCCUCUUGACAAUCCGCCGCCAUCGCCAACCAGACAAGAAGGCCUACAUCCAUGCGAACGCUCCCGAUUCUCCGGCCGAAACUCGCAGCAUCUGGAGGAGCCUCCUCUGUGGCAUGCGCCCCCUCCACCUCCACCCGCUCGAAUGCAGCCCAUCUUUGUUGCCACGAGCGCAGCUGGUCGAGCAUGAAUUGUUUCAUGACACGCCCCUCCCACCACCAUCACCAGGCUGCUCGGAUGAAGGCAUAAGCCGCUAUGCCUCCGCAGAGGACCUCCAAGCUCUCGGCGAUGACGAGGAGGAUGCCACCGAUGAGAGCGGAGCCUCGCAUUCGAUCGACAUGAGAGCUGAGGAGUUCAUUGCAAGGUUCUAUGAGCAGAUGAGGCUCCAAUGCUUGGACUCCUGCAGCGAUCAAGACGACUAGACCGUCGAAGAAAAUUGUUGAAGGAAAUAAAUAUUGUUUCAAUUUUCUUGUGUUAUUUUUCGCAGAUGUAAUUUUUUUUCUUAAUUUGACGAAAGGUGGCAAGGCUAAUGAUGAUAAUUCUCAUCAUUUCAUCA